AUGCCUUCCUCCCGGAAACCCAAAGUCCAAAUUCUACUCUCCGUGGAUUUCGAUGCCGUCUCAGGCUUUCUAGGGACUGGUGCUUCGGCUACAACCAACCUGGCCGAUUACAGCAGUGGCUUUUUUGCAGCUCAAGUCGGAGUGCCACGGUUAUUGCGCCUCUUUAAGAAACAUGGAAUUAGUUCCUCGGUGACUUGGUUUGUGCCAGGUCAUUCAAUGGAAUCAUUCCCAGAAGAGACCACAGCAAUUGUUCAGUCCGGCGCCGAAAUCGGUUGUCAUGGAUAUGCGCACGAGGGCUCCUGUCAAAUGACUGAAUCACAGGAGAGAGAGGUCAUCGCCAAAUGUGUGCAGCUGGCGACCGACUUGACCGGAAAGAAACCUCGAGGAUGGAGGGCGCCUUUAUACCAGUUGCGAACACACACCAUUCAAGUUCUGGAAGAGUUUGGAUUUUUAUACGAUUCCUCUCUGACUCAUCAUGAUUCGUCGUUGUACUUUGUCCCUCGAAUGUCGGAGCCCAAGGCCAUUGACUUUUCGCCUUCAAAAUCUGCUUCUACUUGGAUGAAGCCCCUCCCUGCCCCCGCAGCUAGGACUCCCCAAACUCUGGUGGAAAUUCCGUGCAAUUGGUAUAUGGAGGACAUGACGCCCAUGCAAUACCUCCCAGGUUUGGAAAAUUCACAUGGGUUCGUCAGUCCGAUCACUAUUGAGCAGAAUUGGAAAUCGCGAUUUGAGUUCCUCUACAGUGAGGCCCUUGAAAAAUCCAUCGAGGAAGAUUCUCAGCAAGGCUUUGUUUUCCCUUUGGUCCUGCACCCAGAUACCAGUGGAAUGGCUCAUGUGGUUGGGAUGAUUGACCGAAUGAUUUCGUGGCUCAAACAGCAAGAGGUUGAAUUUGUGACAUUUGGCGAGUGGAUUUGGUGGGGCUUAUCCGCCACUCCCAAUUUUCUUCUCUUCAACCAUCUCAUAUCUUCCAAGGUUUGGCCCAGGUCCAUACCAUGUGAAAGUUUAUAUAUCCAAGGAGCUCGUAUGCCACGAAGAAAAGCUGCAGACCGCACAGGUCCGGUGAAGACUCGAUCUCGCGAUGGUUGCAAAGAAUGCCGGGCGAGUCGUGUCCGAUGUGACACCGAAAAGCCUCUUUGCACGCGUUGCCGGGAGAAAGGAUUGCCAUGCACGAAGAAUCUGGUUUUAAAAUGGGAAUCUGAAUUCAUCAGUCGUGGAGUGGCUUUUGGGCGUGCGGGUGUUUGGACUAAAACUGGCGCAAAUCAACCUACACACGGCUCGCUUUCUUCGGAAAUGCACGAGUGGUGCCCAGUGCCGACUAUUAGCUCCUGGGGUUUCAUAAACAGCGGUGUGUCGACAUUCGCACACCCAGAUGAAGUGAACGUUGACUUCGAUGAGUUGAAUGCAUUAAUUUCAGUUGCUGAAAGCUCAAACUCACAAAUAUGGUCCUGGUUACGACAUUUCCCACAUCUCAGCGAGCUUACCGCAAUUUUCAACCCAAGUCUCCCGCCGUCUCUUGCGCUGUUUCCUGAGCUAUCCAAAUCUGGGCACGGGGAGCUAUUUGAUUACUAUCUCCAACAAGUAUGCCCUCGCACAACCGCCAGCUCCACAUUUUCUUCGCCGUUUGCCUCUGUGAUUCUGCCGUUCUGCCUAUCGGCUUCUCCCACGCUUUUCAAGGCCAUUCAAGCAUUGGGGGCAUGUCACUGGUCAAGGCUCAAUCCAACCUACGGUGCAAUCGGCCUGCGUUAUAAAUCAGAGGCUUUGAGGGACCUUCGUCAGCGUCUUUCGUCGGAGGGAAGUUUGACAUGCUCCAUGGACCCCGAAGUACUGGUUAUCAUGAUCAUGCUAUGCCUAUACGAGAUAGUGGACAAGUGUGAUCAACAAUGGACCAUCCAUCUCAAAGGCGCCAACGAUUUAAUCCGACUGCGAAGAAAACAGCAAAUGACAUUAUCACAGCCAACGGCCCCAUCGGAUCCUGUGACGAGCUUUGCAGAGCAAUUCUUUGCCUUUCAGGAUGUCAUGGGUCGAACUGCUUGUGCCAAAGAGGUCUUGUUUGGUACCGACUACUGGAAGCCGGACGAACGCAACAUCGAUCUUUGGAUGGGAUGCAGUCCUGAAUUGGUCUCAAUCCUGGCCAAGAUCACAGAUAUGAGUCGAACAAGGAGACAAAAUACGUCUGAUGCAGACAAAGCAUCGUUCUCACUACGCGCGGCGUCUCUUGAGCGCCAACUAGAGAACCUAGUCCAAGAGGUGGGUGAGGGCGAUGAUGAAAUUCUCGCACUGGUUGCAGAUGCUAAGCGGUUGGCUGCAAUGCUUUACUUACAUUGUGCUCUGUAUGGAGCUGGUCCCACCACACCUUUGGUGAAGAAUUAUGUGCGCCAGAUUCUGCGACUCGUAUCGAACCUUCUUGACCGUAAAGCGCUGGUCAAUGUGACAUGGCCAGUCUUUGUGGCAGCUGUUGAGCUUGACCCAUCUGAUGAUGAGCUCUUCCCGGACUCUGUGACGGAACCAGGGUCAGGACGAGCGAUUGUGCUACGUUCCCUGGCAACAAUGGCCGAUUCAACUAUCUCGAACAUUGCUCGAACACGGGCAGUGAUCACCAAAUUAUGGCAGACACGCGACUCAGAUUUGAUCAAGGGAGCUGCUCUUCAGAAUCAGUGCAAUGAUUGGGAAUGGCAUGUGGUGCCAAUCAGCAAUGCCAUGAGCCUGGCGUGA